UCCAAAGCGCCCAAGUGAUAUGUUUUUGAAAACUUGAAGGGUUAUUUAUUAUUUUCUGAUCAGUGCAAGAUGGGUGUUCUGGUUGGAUCGAUCUGAGACCAUCCUAUCUACCUUUACAACCUUUCUGAGGCCCUCGUUAUAAGAUGGCUCUUUGUCCUUUGAACACAACAAAGUACAAAAUCUGGCCCUUAAAUGAAAUCGAAGAAGUGACUUACAUUAAAAUUUCUCCUUGCACCUCUCUAGUCGGACUUGUCUUUCUAGAUGGGAAAUCACUUAAAAUUCUUCAAAUAGAUUACUCAACACUGAUCUACAAGGAGAUUCUGAAUUAUCAUUCUGAUUUUGAAAUAGAGGAUUUAAAAUGGUCCCCAGACUGUUGUGCCCUUCUCUUAGUUUCCUUACGAGAUUGUCAUUUCACAGUUGUGAAUUGCCUCAAUGCCGAGAUAAUAUUCAGAGUGCAAGAUCCAAAAAUAGUAAACUUGGCAUCAGUUUGUUGGGUUCCAGAUAGUAAACAUAUAAUUUCAAUCUCCACUUUCAAUAUUUUUACAUUUGCUCACUCGUCCCAAGAUGGUAGAAGAAUAAUAUUACCAAGCAUUUGCUGUGAUGACGACUACAGGCCAUUAAUAGCAUUUAAUCAUAAUGGAAAAUAUGCAGCUUCUGUUACCUUGAACAGUUCUGAUUAUUAUGUUAAUCUAUUGUCGACUUCAUCAUGGAAUGUGCUAUGGAACAGAAAGUGUGGUUUUCGAAGUGUACAAGGGUUGGAGUGGUCUUCAAAUUCAUUGAUGCUUGCCAUAUGGAAUUCUUACAAAAAAGUCUCCUUUUUAUGUUUUGAUGGAGAACACAUAAAGCAGCUUUUCUAUGAUAACUUUCGGUGUUCAGGCUUUUUGCUCGGCAUUUUUUCCCCUAAUAAGGAUUUAUUUGUAGCAACGUGUCUUCAAAAUGAGACUAACUUAGUUCUUGUUUACAACCUUGUCACAUGGCAAUUGUGUGCUGUUUUAAAUCAUGGACUGGAGCAGCACAGUAACCCAGGAAGAGUACACAGACCAUCUAGAAAAGUUGUCAGCCAACUUGGUUUUAGCCAUUGUGGAAAUUUGUUGGCAUCAGCCUUGAUGGAUAAUCACAUAUUAAUUUGGGACCUAAGAAAAGGUUUUGAGCUCUGCAAGGUGCUCAAUACCUUAUCUUCUUUUACAGGAUUACAGUGGCACCCAAAGAAGACACAAAUUGCUGCUUUAACUUCAAAUGGGACUGUGUUGGUGUGGAAAUAUUCAAAAGGUGGCCCAGUUGAUAGGAAUGAUAAAUUAUGCUCUGUUGAUACAAAUUCAACAGUGGCUGGCACUCUAAUAUGGUCCAAGAGCAAUUUAAUCAUAAGCCCCUUCAGGGGUAUGCAGGGUGCAUUAGUACUAAUUAGAAACAAAAGGUUCAAAAAAGAAAAAUAAUAGAUGUAAGAUUACUAUUAUUAUUUAUCAAUAUUAUUCCUCAUUGAUGCAGUAAAAAAUAACUUUAAACAGUAAAUUCAAACUUCAAAGUUUCAACAUACCGAUUCAUGCUGUAACCCUCCUUAAAUGCAAAACCUACUGCACAAACUUUAACAUUCACAAAGUUAUUUGUGAAGAGAA